AUGAUUCCACAGCCAGAGAAUUUGUUAUAUUACAGUCCGGCGGAGGAUUCGAAAAUUAUGAUCAGUGAUUUCGGACUGUCGAAGACUGCAGAAUCUGGUAUCAUGGCGACAGCCUGUGGCACUCCUGGAUACGUCGCACCGGAAGUACUAGCUCAGCAGCCGUACGACAAAGAAGUCGAUGUUUGGUCCAUAGGGGUCAUCUCGUAUAUACUAUUAUGUGGCUAUCCGCCAUUCUAUGAUGAAAAUGACUCGGAACUGUUCCGGCAGAUCCUGAAGGCGGAGUACGAGUUCGAUUCUCCAUAUUGGGACGAAAUUUCAGAAUCCGCAAAAGAUUUCAUAAGCAACUUAAUGUGCAAGGACGUAUCGAAAAGAUUUACAUGCAAAACAGCCCUAGGACACACCUGGAUUAGUGGGAACACUGCAUGGCACAAAGACAUACACGCCUCCGUCAGCGCUCAGAUGAAGAAGAAUUUUGCGAAGUCAAAAUGGAAGCAAGCCUACAAUGCAACUGCAGUUAUCAGACAGAUG